AUGAUGCUGAUCUUCCAUUUUCAGUCGAAAGCUGUGCCCAGACAGAGAGGGAAAAAGGAUACCUGGAAAAUGUGCAUAGAUUAAUACGCUAUGAGCAAAGGUAAACAUAGUUUUCGCAGAAAAUGCGGAAACGUGACAAAACAUGCUAAUAUAAUGCUGAAAGUCUUAAUAACAGCUGUUUUUGGUCUCCUUCGAGUGUUGAUGAUUUUAUUAGGGCCUGAUCUUUGAUGCUCCUUUGCGUCCACCUUUUAAUCUCGAAGUGAAGCGCUUUGUCUGCUUUCGUAAACGUAAGAAUUAGUUAUCGUGUGCGUUUCCUGACACUCCAUUGCAAUUGAUUACAUAUAUGAGGGAUUCACGAUCGAUCCAGAUCGAAGCAAUAUGGAGAGCCAUUUAAGUAACAGUAAGUAAUUUGUGCCUCAGUAAGUGUGUCGAUAUCGCAGUGAUUUUGUUCCUUGAGGCGCCCAUUUCUUUGUGUCGGUACACCAGAUUUCGAGUGUCUUGUAAUUAAAGAAAUAAUCAGUUGUUCCUUUUUGGCAUUCUUCUCUAAUAAUACCUACAAUUCUUGGUUAAUAGAAGACAAUGGCGACUACGCUUUGUUUUUGAAUUGUACGGGGUUUCCAAGUGUUAAAGAGAAAUCGUUCCGUUGCAGUUACGACCGAAGUUCGUUGAUCGCGUUUAUGUCAUCUAUGAAAAUAAAAUGCAUAUUUACUCAGCUAUUUUUUUUUAUAUUUCAAAUACAGCAUGCACUUGGAAUAAUUUUGGUAUCAUACCUGAAAUGGUGAUCACUUUGUGUUGUAAAAGCAAUUAUUUGUAAAAACAUGUUAAAGCUGUAAACUAUUGUAUAGUAUUGGGGGAGUUUUUGACUUUAGAUUUGUCUUCUUAUCAUCCCUUCCUAACCCUAACCCAACCCCUAACCAACAGCUAAGGACAUCCCCCUUUUAGUUACAUCCAGAGAUAAGUAACAUCUAUCAUGACAUACGACUGCUUCUACACUGUAUGCAUAAAAAAGAGUUAUCUUAGUUCAGAUUUAUCAUUUCUGUUUCCAGGUGUUAGGAAACAGUUGUUUGAAGCCUGCACAACAGGUGAUCUUGACACACUACUACAAGCCAUUUACCACAAUCAAGAUGUAGUAAAGGAGCUAAUUUGUGGAGAAGAUGUAGCUAGCUCAACUUUGCCCAGAAAUUUUCUUCAUGUGGCCUGUGAAAAUGGCCAUUUGGAAGUGGUACGUCAACUUGUAGCCUUUGGUGCUAAUGUCAAUCAAGCUGUUGAAGAAAUUGGAACUCCUUUAUGUGUUGCAUGUAUAAAAGGAUAUGCAGACAUUGCAAAAUAUUUGUUAAAAGAAGGUGCAUUUGUACAUAAUCCUGUAUUUGGUCAUUUGUCGCCAAUUUUACUUGCCUGUAAAUCUGGAAAACAUGAUGUAGUGGAAUUUUUAUUAUCUGAGCAGCCCAGUCUCCUUGGAUCCCAUGGACCAUUGCUACUCUAUGAGGCAUGCAGACUUGGGCAUGUCCAGCUGGCAAGACUUUUGAUCAGGAGAGGUGUUGAUGUGAACCCACCAUCUACAUCGUUAGACUCCCAGGGAAGGGAAUCACCAGGCAGUCCUCUCAAAGGUGCAUGUGAAGGUCAUCAGACUGCUGUUGUUAAUUACCUUAUUGAAAAUGGAGCCAAAGUGACCUGUGAUCUUGUAGAGAAUUAUUGGGAACUUAUUGGAGAAGCUCUAAUGAGGUAGGAUACUAAAAUCUUUUGGAGUAUUUAGUUUGCUGGGUUUGAUUGGCAGCACAAACAAACUUUGAUCACUGUCUCAUGCACUUGGAGACAGACACAGGAGAUAAUAGAUACAUACAUGGACAAUAAUAUUGCAUCUAACAGGAGGACAUGGGAAGCUUGCAUGUGUUGGCAUGGCUCUCACACUUCGAUAAUGAAAAUAAAAUUUUGAAAUUUAAUAUUUAUAUGUAAUUUCUGAGAAAAAUUUAUUUGAUAAACCAAGGUAUCAUGUGGCAACCUUGAUGUGCCGUGACAUUAUUUGUAUUUUUAAUUUGGCUGUAGAUACACCAAAGAAACUAGGAACAAACGCAAGACAGCACUUUCUUUUGAAGUUGAUCCAAGUGUGACAAUGUUUUCUGCUGCUUGGAGUAAAAAAAAUUUGUACGCCAUUCAUAAAGCUUGGUUUGUUAACUUGUCAGCAAGACUUGUGAGUAUUGACCUGUCUGAUAACUGCAUUAAGGAGCUUCCAGAGGAGCUGUUUAAUAUUCUUCCAGCCCUUGAGGAGCUUGAUGUGUCUAAAAAUCAAUUGGAAUAUUUACCAGAAGUUAUCAGCAGCUACACAAGGUAUAACGCCAUACUGUAUGGAAAUAAUGUAUUUGUUAAUUGUAAAACGCCCUGUCCAUAAAAAGGUGAAAGUUUUAUACUCUCAUUUACAUGUGCCCUUUGAGAGUUAAAACUAGGACCCCAGCCUAUUAAGAACUUAAUUUUACCUUCCCAACUUUAUUUUCAUGUCUACAUUGAUGUUAUGAGAAUAGGUGAAAUCGAAGCUUCCGGCUUUGAGUUAAACAGUAACUUGAUUAUGACGGUUUUUUCCCAGAAACGGGAUUUUCUCGGAAUGACGGUCUCUAAGUUAAAUGCUGUUAUAAAAUAACGACAGGGUGUUUGGUUAUUGUUCCUGAGUAUCACAUUUCUAUUUUCGUGGAAUCGAGAUUCUGUGAACCCUUUGCAAGUCGAUAUAGAUCUAAUUCAUCCUCUGCCUGACUCGUACUGAGCAUCAACAAGAAAAUCAUUGACUGAUAUAAAGAAGGGAAAGUAACUUCGAUUCUGAGGAGCAAGCAAAUGAAUUGCGCUAUUUGAUCUUGCAUUUUAAGGUUAGGAAACUGACGUUUAAAAGAGACGUUGAAAAACUGUAACGACGGGAUCGGAAUGAACAAACUUAUUAGUUGUAAGGAACCCUUGUAACUUACCCGUAUUAAUCAGAUAUUGUAAAAUCCAGGUACAUCUUCGGACAUACUCAGUGAUUAAAAUGUUGCAACUUCUCACGCCGUUUCUCAUCGUAAUUCAUCUUCGAAAAUAAAACUUCCCUCAUAAUGACAGAUAUAGAACGUAAAUCCUCCAACAUCCUGCGAGCAAAUUUAUAUAUUAGCCACUCUGUCUCACAAAUCACGUUUUCUCACAGAGUCAUCUCAAAAUAAAUUAGUGCGAAGAGGCACAUUUCUGAAGCCGGUUUAUUUGAUGUAGCCACAAUGGCAUGUCUUCUUACGUGUAAAUGCCUCAUUGAACGCAAAUAUAACAUUCACUUUAUCCAACAGGAUACAAAAGCUAUCAGCUUUUGAUAACCAGCUGACACACGCCCCUGUCUCUUUGUUUCAAUUACCCACAAUGAAGAAACUAAACCUCGCUCGGAACAAUAUCUCUUCCUUAUUUGGCGAGCUGGAAGAGGGCGAGGAAGCUGAUGGCGACACAUGGGGCUGUACUGCACUGAAGGUUCUAACAUUGUCAUUCAAUCAGCUAAAAAGUUUACCUAACGGUAUUCAGGGAGCUGUCGGGCUCACAAAACUAUAUCUGGAUCACAAUAAUCUACGAGACUUUCCGAUGGCUUGGAAAUGCCCCUUGGUAAGAUGAAUGUUGUUGUCGUUUCACUGCGUAUUCAGUUGUUUAUUAGAAUUGAUAUGUACAGUUUCUGUUUGAGAAUUGAUAUGUAAACUCAUUGAAUACGAUUAUUGUCUUCUUGGUUCAAAGGAAAUCCUUGACCUUUCGCACAAUAAGUUAACCAGUUUUUCCUGUAACAUGGAAAUGGUGUGGGACACCUCUCUGAAGCGUCUCUAUCUUUCAAGCAAUCAUCUGGGAUCCAUUUCUUGGAACUUGUGUCAGUUGUCAGGACUUCAAGAUCUAGAUAUGAGUCACAAUAACAUUCGAAUGUUGCCAAAGCCAGAAUUCUGGACAUGCAGCACUUUGCAUAAGCUAAACCUUUCCUUCAACAAGGUAAAACGGCUAAAAUAAGUGAAAAUUAUUGUUGCUUUUCUGAGUGACGAACAUCUGGAGGAAGGCGCUUCUCUUAUUCUACCUGGUUGGCUGUGAUCUGUGAUCGAUCUUAAUUGAAUGAAUUUGAUUUUACUCUCUACAGUUAUCCGCCAAACCACUUGUCGAGUCACAGAUGGGUUCUUCAACACUGAAGCGUUUCCAAUUUUUCAAAGCCUCCAGCUCAGAAGAUGGCCAAGAAACAAAGACUGACUGUGAAUUUCCAACAGCACUAUUUUCUCACACGCUAGAGACACUUUCUGUAAACGACAACAACUUACAUUCCUUACCCUCAAGUAUCUGCGGAUUGAUGAGCCUCAUCGAACUGGACUUAAGCAAGUAAGAAUUAUAGUAAUUUUUCAGGGCAGAACUAAGUUACGAUCUUAUUCUCUCCUUCACCCAUCUUAUUCUCUCCCUCACCCAUCUUAUUCUCUCCUUCACCCAUCUUAUUCUCUCCCUCACCCAUCUUAUUCUCUCCUUCACCCAUCUUAUUCUCUCCCUCACCCAUCUUAUUCUCUCCCUCACCCAUCUUAUUCUCUCCCUCACCCAUCUUAUUCUCUCCCUCACCCAUCUUAUUCUCUCCCUCACCCAUCUUAUUCUCUCCUUCACCCAUCUUAUUCUCUCCCUCACCCAUCUUAUUCUCUCCUUCACCCAUCUUAUUCUCUCCCUCACCCAUCUUAUUCUCUCCUUCACCCAUCUUAUUCUCUCCCUCACCCAUCUUAUUCUCUCCCUCACCCAUCUUAUUCUCUCCCUCACCCAUCUUAUUCUCUCCCUCACCCAUCUUAUUCUCUCCCUCACCCAUCUUAUUCUCUCCCUCACCCAUCUCUUUCUUGUCUUCUUCCCUUAAUUACCCUUUAUAAUGUAAUUACGGGUUGAUUAUAGUGGUGUGUUGAGGUUUAAUUCAAGUUGCCGCUGGGUGAAAGCGAGCAAUUAAGGGCUCCAGUUAUUGGCACGUAUCUCCUUCCUUAGCCUCGUUUACAGCAACGAGAAGAUAGCUGGAAUCUAAUUCGAAAUGAAUGAUUGAUAACUUUCACUCACAUUCUCUCCAAAGUUAAUGCUAUUUUUUUACGUAAUUUAUUUUGUUGUUUUGUUUUCAUGCAGUAACCAUGAACUGCGCACACUUCCUCCUGAACUUGGCAACUUACGCGAUUGCUGGCAGCUCCGAUUGAACAAACUAAAUCUUUCAGGCAUUCCUAAACACGUCAGACCUGGUAAGUGACCUUGGCGUUGACCUGGACUUCUAAUGAUGAAUUUCAAUUUAAAGACGGAAAAUUAGCGUCGCGAGAGAGAGGAGGUGGGAAAAGGACGAAGUCACUCUACGAUUGCUAAAUUUUCUUUACUCGUUCUUCCUCUCUCCUGUCUUAUGUCUCUGGGCGCUCAUUCAUAAAUGCCGUUUGUCUCCGCUCUUUUCAGGUGAGAUUGGUGUCCGACCAAAAGACACGCUGGCAUACUUACGAGCAACUCUUCGGAAGUCUGUACCGUAUUACCGCAUGAAACUGAUGGUGGUAGGUUUACAGGUAAGAAGUACUUUCCCUCUUAGUUACGAAUUAUUAUGGCCUAGGUUCUGGGUUUAAUAUUAAAGUCGUACAAUCAACCUCCAUUGAUUACAAUUACAUCUACUUUUUAAGGGUCGAGGGAAGACAACUUUGCUGUCUGCUUUAAAAGGUCAAAAACUUCCACCUAACCUGUCCACUGUGGGAAUUGUGAUUGACGAAUGGCAGGUUCAGAUCGGGGCCAGUUCAAGGUUUUCAUUACAGCGCUUAUUAACACAGGUUAGUAAAUGAAUCAAACAUUUUCAUUAGAAUAUUAGAACCUUAAGUUGAACUGAAAUACUCUAGAUUCUGACCUUUUUUCCUUUACCAGAGUGACGCACCAUUAAUAACGUUCAGCACUUGGGAUCUUGCGGGGCAAAAUGUUUAUUACGCGGCUCAUCAAAUGUUUUUGUCGCCUAAUACUCUGUACCUGGCCGUGUGGAACGUGACACAUGGAGAAGAAGGAGUGGAGAGUCUGAGACGCUGGCUUCUCAACAUACAGGUGGUGAUUUAAAUGCUGUAGUCAUUUUACUGGAAUAAACCUGACUCGAAUGUUUGUCAGGUCAGCGACGCACGUAGCAUUAGUUAAUCUUCAUUUUCACCCAUGGAUUAGAAAGAUUCACUGUUCAGGAUAAAUUACAUAAAGAGCUUUACGAUUGGGUUCGGCAGAAAUACAACCAAAGUAACCACAAUGAUCAAUCAGUGCAAAGUAAAUGUCACAAGGCCCCAAUGAGAACUAAAAAAAAAGACAAGUAAAAAAACAGUCUGAUGCGUGGACAUGGCCAAGUAUAACGAUUGGUUUUUGUUUUGGACGUGAUUGGUUGAGAGAGUAUCACGAAUCUUUAAGGUCAUUCUUAAAACAAAGGGAAGCGAAUCCCACGCAAUCCCGGAUAACGUUCGCCUCUCAAUUAAAAAUUGCUCCAAGGUCGCCUAUGAUCGACGUGUAUCUAAUACAAAGUGAUAACCACAUUGUCCAAAAUGGUAUACCUCCGGUGUCAUGACAUAACUAGGGUUCUGAAAAAUUUCCCCUGUGUUUCCUUUCAGGCUCGUGCACCGUUUUCCGAAGUUUUGAUUGUCGGAACACAUCUGGACUUGCUUCCGAAGAAAAAUCGACAAGCCCGCGUGGAUGCACUGAAUCAUAGCAUCGCGCAGAAGUAUUUUGACAACCAAGGAUUUCCGAAGAUUGUCGGCAAUAUUGUUGUGUCGCCGACGACUGGCGAGAACAUUCCGGAGUUGAAAGAACUGAUUUACAGCAAGGCGUUAAAAGUCAAGGAUCUUGGAGAAAACAUCAUUGGUCGAAUGGUUAUUAGUUUUUAUUGUUUUCCUUUCCUAUUUGAUUUUCGAAACAGCCGUGAUUUAUGAUGAGAUAGACAGAACGUCAACAUUGUUCUUCCUUUAUUUCAUUUGCCUCCUUCAUCUUUUUUCAGCUUGAAAAAGUCAGAGUGCUAAUCGGUUGAUGACUUAAUUGUUUCUUACUUCUCUCUGAAUUCUCUUCAGGUACCACAAAGUUACAUCGACCUCCAACAAGCUGUUAUACAAGAAGCUGAGCGCCGGAGAACCACAGGCGAACCACCCGUACUCUUGGAAGAUGAAAUCUUGCAACUCGCCAAGUGCAGUCCACAGAAUGACAUCUUAGAUACUGAAGAGCUAACACUAGGUAAGUGAGCUUCCAUCAUCGAACACGACUACAAGUGUCACUGGCGUUAUCUCACCACUGAUAUGUGGGAAUGAAGGUGAUUUUUGUUGUUGUUGUUUGUUCAGACCUCGGGUUCGUUGUCGCGUUUCGGAUUAACUUUGCAUGUUUUUUUGCUACAGUUUAUGGUAAUGGGUAAGAAUUACCGUGAUGAGGAUAAGAAACCUUUCGCGAACUUCUUAAGAUCUCUCCGACGUGGUUCACGUCUUAGCAUUUUCGGAGAAACAAACGAACAAUAAUAAUAAUAAUAAUAAUAAUAAUAAUAAUAAUAAUAAUAAUAAUAAUAAAAACAGAAACGGACGUCCGAGAGAUGCAAUAUCGAAAUUCAGUUAACUAGAUGCCUAUCCACCAGUAACUUGUGAGCUGAACGUAUUGUGGUAUUUAAAGAAAACUGAUUUUUCCUGGGCGUAUUCUGUCUUCUCUUAGCCACCAGAUUCUUACACGAGAAUGGUGUGUUACUUCACUACAAUGAUCAGCUGCGGGGCCUCAAUCAUCUUUACUUUAUUGACCCUGCUUGGGUCUGUGAUCUGAUUGCGACUCUUGUCACCGUCCGAGAGAGAAAUCCUUUUAUUGUUAACGGUGUCAUGAAGAAGAAGGAUUUGCAGUUGGUGUUGAGAGACCCCAAAUUCCCCCAAAAUUUUAUACUACAGGUGAGCCUUAAAGUCAUAUUUUGUACAACACUGACCGAUCAGCCGUCUGAUGGAUUUAUUGACUGAAUAAUUACUUGUUUCAGUAUCUGCAACUAAUGGAGCGUUUCGAGAUUGCUCUCUCUAUAAACGAGGAACAGCUUUUAAUUCCUUCAAUGCUACCAAAAGAGAAACCAGGACUGCAGCUUCACAAGCUUCAGAAGUUGAUGGCCAAGAGAAAAAAGUCAAACGAACAGGUGUGGCUAAAUUACUCACGUUCCUCACCUUCACAGUACUUGAACAUGAGUAAAAGUAUGCACUCUUAUAAUAUUUCUGACUUACUUUUGUAUGUUACUGAUCAACAGGGCAGAUUUUCCGGUAGUCGUGGCAGCAGCUCACUAGACAAUUCAAACAUCAACACAGUGUGUAGGAAUUACCAGAUGGCCUACACGCCGAGCGGGUUCUGGAGCCGACUCAUUACCAGGCUUAUUGUGUCCGUUCAAAGAUGGCGGACUAUUGAGCAAAUAAAGGAAGAAAGCUAUUCUUUGGUUUACUGGCGGGAGGGGAUUGGUGUCGUGUAUGAGGGAGGUUACUUCAAGGUGGAAUCAUACCAAGAAUUGGUGCGUGACUUUUUGUAUCGUUUGAUCCUUGUGUUACAUGACUCUUCUUUUCUGUGACACUUAAGUGUUGCAUUGAUUGCUAUUAAAAAAAGUCAGUUCACGUUACAUGAUGUUUUUGUUUGCCAUUGAAACUAACUAUUUUUGACUCUGUAUUUCUUCUUCAAGAUCCCUGUAAAUCAAGGAAAGGCCGUCUUCCAAGAAAUCAAUGGUGUCGCUAUCACUGUAUGGUCAGAACAGCGAGACUUUGCUGCUAUUGGAUUCAUUGUCGAUCAGAUUGACGCUCUCAUUUCGGAAUGGUAUCCGGGUAAAUGAAAAUACUGAAGCUAUUUGCUUAGGGUUAGCAAUCACAAUACCUGUGAAAAAUAAGUUAUUUUUUGAGAAUCGAUACAGAAGUAAUUCUAAAAAGAAAACAAAAGAAACCCGUGAAAUAGUCGGAAAAAUAUUGUAAGCCCAGCUCGUUUAGAGAAAAAAUAACUUCACCUAGUUAUCAGUGUAGCUGUGGCUGGUUUGCUCUGAGAGUUAAUUUGGUUGAGCCUCCUUUGUUAAAUACCCACAGUCGAUAUCUCACCUUUAAAAUAAUUGGUUGUAGGUCUCGACGAGACUGACAUGUAUGGGUUGCCAUUGGUCCGUCGUUUAAUUCCGUGUCCGCUUUGUAUCAACUGGAUGACUCACCGCAAAUCAAUGAAACGAUCUGUUUCUAUGGAGUUUCCAUCCACUCUUCCCUCUAAUUUUCUUAUGUUGCAAACUCUUCAUCCGCACAAUUUCACUCUGCCGGAAUGCGCAGCAACUGCGAUGCGUUUUUCAACUAUCAGCUGUCCUUCCCAUCCGGAUAGAGUGGUGUCCAUAUCGCUUCUUAUCCCGGACUUGUUAAUGGCAGACCUACCCCGGCAGUUACUUGUGGAUCAAACUCAAUUCAAGUUCGACCCGCGAGAAUCACAUAAGAUUGGCGGUGGUGGCUCUGGUGAAGUGUAUCGUGGAUCAUAUCGAAACGAGACUGUGGCGGUGAAAAUAUUCCACUCUAUAGGCCAAACUGGGUAAAUGUCUAAGAAAUUCAAAUGUAACUUUUCUGUUAUGCUCUUCUUAUGAGUUGAGUUGUUAACGAUCAUGUUCAUGUGCUUGAUGCGUGUCGAAGGAUUUUACAACUAACUGGUGUUCAGACAUCGUGGUUUGGGCUUCUGUGACUAAGGACUCAGGCACUUUAUCAUUACACGUUUGGAAUACAUAUUAUCCUAAAUAUUAUUCAUUAGAAGUGGUAAAUCCCUUGCGUGACAUUUAUGGUUUCUUUGACUCUUUCCGAUGUGCAGCUCUCUCCUUGACAGCGGACUUGGAAACACUGGGCCCUCUCCUGGAUCCAGGACUUUAAGUGGAUCCUGUUAUAGGUCCCAUGUGAGUGAGGGCUCAAGUGGCCGGAGAUCUGAUGUGUACGCUGCCAACACUGAACGUGACAUGGAGGAGGAACUGGAAAGGACUAAGGUUGUCAAAGCUUUCUGGGACUUACGUCAAGAGGUAAUAAUAAAGCAACAUAAUAUCAGUUUCUAAUCUUUUGUAAUAAAAGUAACUAACAGUGUCAUAUUUUCCUUACCCUGCCCUACGCCACCCUUAUCCCCUCGUUUCACUCCCGAGAGCUUUUCAUUUGCAUUACAGACUACACGUCACUAACGGGUCGCUUAUUUGCAAGUAAACGCUCGAGAAGUUGUUGCUCUCACAUACCACCAUUGUUUCUUAGUUUUAUAACACACCCGGUAAGAACCUCCAGCCCUUCUUCAAUCUCCCUCCACAAACCAAUAAUAAUGAAUAAAUGACAGAGAUGGGCAUUAUUCGUAAGAAACUAAGUUCAGCCAUAUUCCCCAAAUAUGCGGCAAAUAGCAAAUGAUUAAAGAGUAUUAAGAUGUUCUUCGAACAGUUAAUUUUACUUAUUUUCGUAAUGAUUUAGGUUGUUAAUUUGCUUUAGUUGAUAAUUUUGAAAUUGUUAGAGUAGCAAGGAUUUUCUUUGUGAUCGUGUUUUUAGGUAGCAGUCCUUUGCCGAUUGAAUCAUCCAUGUGUUGUCAGACUUCUUGCCGUUUCUCUGCGUCCACUAUGCUUUGUUUUGGAGCUCGCCCCUUUUGGUAGUUUAGCUACAGUCCUUGACGAGCUCUCAUCAAAGCGUGAAGCUCGAGAGAACGAAGGCAGCCAAGUUUCCAGGAGCAGGGAGUCAAUUCUUGGGCGUGAAUUAUCCUAUAGCAUCGCUUUUCAGGUAUAUGUCACGUGUAGAGAAAUAACAGACGCCUUAGAGGAUUACCUUGGAAGUAGAAGGUGUCUAAAGGUACCUCCAAGGUUUAGCUUUAGGAUUGUGAUGAUGUUGACACGUGAUUGCUUCUUUCUCGUAAGUUUUCUUACGUAUGCGGUGACUUGAAACCGUUUGUUACCAUAAACCGCUUACUUCCUUCCUUAGACAGGAAAACAAACAUACAGCCAACAAACAAACAAACAAACAAACAAGAGUUGACCUGUAGCAAGUACGAAAGUCAGAACCCCUCAACAGGCAUCCGUGUGUUGCCUCUUGUUUGCUUUUGCUUUUGCUUUCGCACUAAAGCUCAAAAGAAAAAGACAGCAUGUUGGCAAUUCCUUUCAACGCUUUUAAUUCUUUUUAUCGCCUCAGGUCGCCAGUGCCCUUUGGUAUCUCCACGACUGUAACAUUAUCUAUCGAGAUCUGAAAGCCGACAAUGUUUUAGUUUGGUCCAUGGAUGAGUCCGCUUUAUUGAACGUCAAACUAUCUGACUACGGAAUCUCGUGUUUCGCCACACCUCAAGGAGUUGCUGGAGAGGAAGGGACUCCAGGAUAUCAGGCUCCGGAAAUUCGCACUGGAGUCGGUUACGAUGAAAAGGUAAUGAAAUCACAGACUUAGUGAGAAAAGCAGAAAGGUUAAGCGAUAUUGUGCUACCUACAAGUAAAAUUGUCAAAGUGCAUUAGUUACGAGCAUCUGAGCGCGGAAUCUGAAGGGCUGAGGUUCGAUUCCUCAUGAGGACUCAGAAUUUUUUCUUUGUCCCACGCUAGUGACAAGACGAAAAAACAUCUUUCUUUAAUGCAUCAGUUAUGUUUCCUCUUUUUUUUGUUCCAGGUGGAUAUUUUCUCCUUUGGAAUUUUUCUGUUUGAGCUGCUGACAGGAUGUCGUCCUUUUAGUGAUUAUCGCAAUGUCGUGGACAUCAAGAAAGCGAUUCGACGAGGGGUGCGGCCUUCACCUCAGCUUGAAUUAGAUUCACAAUUACCAAGAUUAGAACGGCUAAUGAGGUAAGAAUUUGUCAAUGAUAUACCUCUGCUUCACACACUUAAUACCCCUGUAAGAUUGUCCACGGAAAUUCAGUUUAUUGAUAUUGCAAGGCUUCUUUGGGAUAAUGAAGCCACCUCACAGGAGAAGGAAGGCGGGAAAAACUAUAACUGAAUGAGUUACCCACCGCAAGAAGAUAUUAAGUACUUUUUCUAAGUGUGGUGAUGCAUGUAAAAUUAUUAUAGACGGUGUGGAUCAUGUGGGUCAACGCUUAAUUAAAUCCCAUUCACACGCAAUUCUCAUUCCCACUUUACCUUGUAACUUGCAUCACAACUUAUGUUGCUUUGCAUUCUGUAGAUCAUGCUGGCAUCAGUUGCCAGAGAAGCGUCCUCCUGCAAGCGAAAUUUUAAAAGAGAUGGAAGAUCCAGCUUUCUUAUGUCAGUGUCGACUGUUACCAGCCACUGAUGAAAACUUGUUGGAGAAAGUUACAGCAAUUUAUGCCUUAUCAAAUGUUGCUUCUGGUAAGACUCGACGGCUUAUCACCAUUGGAUCAUUUAGUAUAAGUGCGCGUGUUGCUUGUGUCUUUAUUAUUUCUCUCGUUCAUUUGGGUCUUUUCCAUCCGUAAAAGAUGUCGACUUUGCUCAUGUAACCGUCAACUUAUGUUACCUGCGCACUCUUGCAGGCAAUCCCAAGGUCCCUGUGGCUAUGGAGGGUUCUUCAACUGAGAUCGCUUCGAACUUUAUUUUGAUUUGGAGUCGUGAACGAAAUGAUCGGUACUACAGUAUAAUCAACUGUGAGACAGGAGUGUUCCAUACACAAGGACAAAACUGUGAGGGACAUAGAGUGCUUUGCAUGACGAGAGUUGAAAAUCGAACUUGGCUUGGCACGGAGGUAAAUAAAUUUUGUUAUUAAUCGCAAACAAGCUGAAAAGAAAAAACUUCUUCCUUGGAGUACUCAGGAGUGGAUAUGAUUAAUUUCGAAACUGAGAGAAAAAAUUGUUCUAGUGUUGCUUUUAGUUUAUUUUUAAUGUCUAUAAGAGUGUAAAUCUGACAGGGACCAUUUUUGUAGGGGUGCACUAUAGAGGUGUUCGGACGGACGUCCUGGCGUAAUCCCUCAAUUCUCUGGUCGUAUACCACUAAGGCUCCAGUUCUUGCGCUGUUGACGGAGUAUUUUCCUACAGAUGAGGACCUUCCUGAAAAGGCAGAGCUUGAGGUAUAGCUACAGUGUUUUUUGUGUAAUAUUGUCACUAUGAUAUAGUUGCCAUGGUUUUGUGUUUUGUAUUCGUACAUUUGUAUGUCGCAGCCAGUGUUAAAUUCUCUUCCAAGGGAGCUUCCUCAUUAUGCACUAGUGGUGUUUAAAAUGGUUCCGUUCGAAGCUACAUAGAGAAAUGGACACAAAGGCAACUGAAGUAACCUCGCUAAAAUGUAACAAUUCCAGUACCUUUCAAAGGUGAAUGGGAAAAAAUACCUUUGGACGGAAUUUGGCCUGGAUCAAACACUUCCAUUUAGCUUUUUAACUUCCAAGAUUAGAGUAUCUUGAACUUCACAUUUAAUUGAGGUUUCUGUCUUUUUUCCAUUGAUAGAGUGGCACAAGAGUUAAAAGUGUAUUUGCUUCCCUUGCGAAUGGCACCCUGAUAGUGUUCACUCCUAAAACUAGAUUAGCACGAAGAUUUUCGCAUGCUGAUGUCACUCUAGAAACGAAAGGCGAGGAUGAACGGUUGAAAAAGGAAAGUGACAAGUGGUCUAACUUUCAGGUUUGUUGUAUAUGUUGUCGUUUUUUUCAGUUGCGAGAAAUACUAAAGGAAAAAGACUUUACCCUUUGUGACAGUAGAAAUGAGAGAUUGAAACAGUUUGUUGUUAACGAUUGCACGUUAUAUUGCGAACAUGGUAUUACACAUAAGUUCACAACAUGUACACGUCUAACGACAAUGGAUUAUUCUUGGUCAAAAUUCAUUGACUUCUUAGCCGAAGACCAUUCUGGUGGCACUAACAGGUUGUGGGUUACUCUUUAGUGAUACAUAGCUGUGUUCACUUAUUGUAGGUUGUUAACCUUGGUCAGUCUGGUAUGCCCACCAAAUGUAUGGUUCUCGUAUUCAAUAAUAAAGAACUGUGGGUUGGAUGCGGCAACAAGAUUGUGAUAGUGGAUACCAACACCUUGGUCAUUCUAGACGAGAUUGCGGUGUACCAAACGCAAAGGACGCAUGUCCGGAUCAUGGUAACGGACGGAACACGUGUUUGGUGCGCGGACAGGAGGUCAUCGAAAAUUUUACAAUGGGAAGUUAGCAGUCGUCAGCUGACCAAUAUUUUUGACUGUGAUGUUAACAGUCCAGUUGGAAAAGUUUUAGACACAAACAUAGUAGAGUCCCGCCGUUUCACUUCAAGAAAAGGUGAUGAUGAACGCUCUUCCCGUCGUGACAGAACAGUCAGUGACCCACCUGAUAUGUGCGAGCCCUCUUUCACUGAAUCGAUGUUUAAAGAGGCGAUGGAUCGUAGUGUCAAUGAAGAAGGCGACGAAACAAACUCUUUGCGUAAAGAGGAUUCACUUCCUCGUCGAAUUGGUUCUGACUUUGGUCGAAAUACAACAGAAAAUGAUCGUCAUGAGGAUUCUGGAAAUAUGGAUUCGAAACAGGUUCAGGCAUUUUCCCGUUCCCUAUCAGCGGAAACCGUCUCCGAUGAGGGUGGAAUUUCUUCUUUUUGUAGCACAGAUACAACGAAAAGUAACACAGUUCUUUCUCAGGCUAGCAGUACCCCGCAGGAGUCUCACGCUCAAACCGAAGAUUUUCAAACAAACGAAGAUUCUGUUUCAGUAAUUUCCGAAAAUGUUCCAACUUUAAUCGAAAAAACAGCGACAAUCGAUAAUAAUCGAAACUCCGGCGAGGAAGUCAUAGAAUCGAGAUGCGACGCUACUUCCAAUCAUGGCAAAAGUGAUGCAUUAUCUAUGACAUUAUCAGUUGAAACUAUUCCUGAAAUUACAAUUGAAGCCCAGAGACAGACAGGAGACAACAAUGUUGAAGAUGAAAAAGAGACCGAAACAGUAACCAGAGAAGCUGUCGACAAAAGGGAAGGUGCAGAUUUUGAGCUCCUUGACCGCGAAGAAACUCGUCAAGCUUUCAUCGAAGGUGCACGAAAAAGUUUAGGCUCUGAAAGCUCGAUAUCCCGUCCAUGUGCUUCCAUGACGUCGUUAAGGCAGCCUUUCAAUUCACCUUCUCGAACUCCCUCGCUUAUGAGUUCAACCAGGAGAAAAUCUCAACGGCGACAGGAGAAAGAUGAAGGCAACAAGUCACCACUUAGUAAACCGUGGGCAGCGAGACCUCGGAUACGAAUACUUGCUGGCACAAUUAAUCGUGUGACAGCACUUUCGUUAGUGAAUGGCACGUUGUGGAUUGGACGAGGAGUUGGUGACGUGCUAACACUGAACGUCAACUCAUUUAAUGAUGAUGUUCCUUUGGGUCUUGUGUUCGCUCAACUCGAGAGUGACAAUCUUCUAGGUUACGAAAAUGGUCAAGUGGAUGAAAUUGUCAGCAGUGGCAUGGACAAGGUGGUCUGUUUGCGUCGGCUGGAGACUCCAAGAGGUAGCGUGAAUGCUACAGAACGCGGUUUGGAGCGCUAUCAGUUGGUCCUGUGGGAGGCCUGGGGAGACACGGAGUUUAGAAAAUUUAAUUCGCGGCUGGAGGAGUUUAACUCCUUGAUUCCGUAAUCAAUGCUACCAUGUUAUAGCAUGUUACUAUGUUAUAGCAUGUUACUAUGUUAUAGCAUGUUACUAUGUUAUAGCAUGUUACUAUGUUAUAGCAUGUUACUAUGUUAUAGCAUGUUAUUAUGUUGCCACAAAAUCCUUUAAGAGAGUUUCUUUGCAUGACUAUUCCUCGUGUUCGUACUAUAUUUACUUCCCCUUCUGCAAAAGUUCGAAGGAAACUAAUUUGACAACACCACUUAAUAAUUCCUAUGUUAUACUUAUACUGAAGAUGAUACGUAUGAUAAUUAUAUUGAUGACAAGAGGGAGAUGAGAGAUUUUUCUCAACAAAAAGGGCUUAAAGUCCGUUAAAAAGAGGAAAAUGAUGACUUUUUAUGUACGAGUUCCUAAUGUACACACUACAACGUUUAUCUCUCUCUGACUACAACCGUGCAAGUUGUUCAUGACAUUACCAACUGUCACGUGUGUUACCAUGUUUCGAGGACUUAAAAGUAAUGAAAAUGGUUGGCUUUUACUCCCAUUUUAGUUAGCAUUGUAAUUUCUAAGUUGUGAGCCAUUAGUUUGAUUUAAUGUGACGUUAGCGUUAUUUAUAGUACAGAAUACACAAGAUUGUUAAAAACUAGUUUUAUUUAGUCAAGCAAUUUUACAUGAAGUAGUAAUUUUGAAGAUUCGAAAUGUAUUGCUCGAUGGGUAAUUGUAUUUUAGACUAUUAGUAUUUAAUUUGAGCUGGUUUUGGUUUUUCUAGAACAAUUUUUAUCGAACGAAUGAAUUCUUCGAAGUGUUUAGCGUUUGUUUUGUGAUUGGUUGUUGCUUAGCGUAGCUGCAGUGUGUGGCUAUAAAACAAGACGAGAUGUCUGAGAGAAUCUACCGCAUAAUCACAUAUUUCUAAUAGUGGGAAAUUUGUGGGGACAAAUUUGGUUUCAACGAAUAUUUUAAGUCUUCAAUGAUUGCCAUCCCUAGCCUAGAUCUUUGGAUUGCUUGUUAAAAAAAAAUGAACUUAAGAGUAACAUUAUAGAUAUGAUACCUUUUGGAUUUCAUCUCGUGAUUUUUUUUGUAUUCAAACUCAAAAUAUCAGUCACGUUACGUAGUGUUUCGUCAGCACAUUUGUCAGCACUUUGAGACGAUACCAACAAGCUCAAAAUUUACUCUAAUGGUAGCUUGAUGCGUACUAACCCAGUAGUCUCCAGGCUUCUAACUGCUCUCCUUCAUCAGUAAUUAAACAAAGCCAACUUAGAUGUGAAGGAUAAAAAUCUAGAUGGCCAAUCCAAAAGACAGACGUAAAGUGAGACUAAAUUUGCUGGCUAACAGUUAGAGAGAGUCUAAAUCGUGUCUAAGACGUGUGCAAUAGCCGAGACCUUAUUAAAAUUACUGUUUUCUGACCAAUUUUGCGAAUUCUAUGUUUAAAAUGUCAUUUUGUUUUAUUUUAUUUGUCGGGUGUGUUAUCCCGACGAUUACGUGAAGGCCUGCUUUGUUAGAUUUCAUUGACACAAACGAGUGGUCAUUUUAAUACCUCAUGCAUUACACGGUGUUUAAAUCAGUAACAGCAGUUGAUUCUUCAAAAGGUGGUAGGCCACAACCACGCAAUUAUAUUGUUCACGGGUAUUGUUGGUCUGAUAUCAAUUUAAAUAACUGACAAUAUACCUAUUUUUGCGUCG